GAGAAUGGGGGAAAGUUGAUUACCCUCACCUGUGACAGUAUAAAAUACAUCCUCAAGUUGUGAAGAUGUUAGUUGUAGAGUCACUGCUGCUGGUAACCUGUUGAAGAGCCAUGAGGAUCCUCUGACAUCAAUCAGACUAUUCAAAGGUGUUUUUCCCUACACGCAUCGCAAUAUGGCUUCUGUCGGUGCAUUAUUAAUGUUUCUGCCUGUUGCGUGGACAUGCUCUCCCCAAAAAGCAGACUACGUGAUGGUGUCAUGUUUCCCCAAUGCCAUCAUUGCCAACGUCCCAGAGUGUCCUUACGGCUGGGAGAUUGACCAGUUGUCCCUGGGGGGAGUCUGUUACUCUGGCAUACACAGCCCGGGCUACUACCGCUUCAUCAUCUCAGACCUAACACCCAAAAACCACUCGUACUGCGGCACGCAGUCUGAGUACAUGCCCGGCAAAGACCCCAAGUACAUCUUCUAUAACUCCAUUGUGUCCAACGAUACUUCGCUCACAGUCAGAAACCAGCCGGUCAACUACACCUUCAGCUGCAUGUACAGAGCAGCUUACCUGGUAAACAACGCAGUCUUCAGCCAAAGAGUGGCUACAGUUUAUGUCAACAACGGGAGUUUAGGCACUUUUAGAUCACAGUUGUCUAUGAAUGUGUUCACGAAUUCAAAGUUCCUGUAUGCCAAGGACGCUCCCUACGUGAUUGACACUUCUGAGAUCGGCUCUGAAGUCUUCAUUGGCAUCGAGGCAAAAGGACUAAGUAACAGAUUCAAAGUGGUAAUAAACAACUGCUGGGCUACUCCUACUCCUUACUCAACAGACAAAAAGAGGUGGAGUCUCAUCAUUAACAGCUGCUCUUCUGACGGCACUGUGACUAUUUUUGAGAAUGCCAAAGACAGCCGCUCCAUGUUCAAGUUCAACUCUUUCCGCUUUCAACGGCUGGAGAAGGUGUCCACAGUGUGGCUUCACUGUGAGGUCCAGGUUUGCGAUGGAGACAGGCUCAUAUGUCAUCCAGGCCCCUGCUCUUUAAGAAGUCUGUCAUCAGAGGCAGAACCAAGUGGGGGGAUCCUUACUGCUGAGUUUCACAUUAAAGGCAAUGGCUCCUCCAAUAAUGGACACAUGAAAGGCACCUCACUAUUCAUCCUGCUGGUGGUCCUGAUAAACAUGUGUUGGGAUUUAGUAAAUGGAUCAAGAAUGUAGUAAAAACAUUUUCAUUCAGUCUCAUUUACAUAAACACAAACAAACAGAGGGGAGUGUCACCCAGGACUCAGGGAGCGUAUGAAUACAUUCCUCCUCCACGCUCAAAUGAAUGAUUUUCUCAUUUUCUCACACAUAUUAUUUGUAAUUAGCACAUUUAUUGAGAUUUUCAUAUCCAUCUGUUAAUGGAUAAUCUUUUAAAAUGUCACAUGUGUUACUUCACUGCUUUCUCCAAUAAAGAUCAAUUGAAAAUAAAAAAUAGAAAAUAUUAA